CAUGCGCAAACGUUUCGGCGCGACGACCAGCAGAUCGGCCAGCAACAGUUCCGCGGCACGAUCAGUGUGUUUCAAGACGCGCAUGACGACGUACUGUUAGACUAUUUAUCCGAUCGACAGUAAACAUUUGAACACGAUGAGAACGUACGCUCUCCUAUGGCCCUUGGCCGCAUUCUUAGUGACCCGGACCUCCGGUUCGGCCAUUCCAAUGUGGGAAUUCCUCAGUCGAGGAGAAAAGGUAACUUAUGACAUUAUUGUAUACUACCGAAUAAGAUUUAUGUAUACAUAUUUUUUUUUACAAGUAUAAUGUAUUAAACAUUUGUCUACCUGUGUAAUAUAAUAUAUUUAAGUAUUAAUAUAAUACAUAUUAUCUAUAUAGGUACCUAAUAUUACACUUACGUAUAGGUAUAUAGAUAAUUAGUAUAUCAAUGUAGUGUGUAAUUGUAUCGUACCUAUUUUAUCUAGUUUUGGUAGUAUUAUAUACUUAACUAGCGUUGUAUAAAUUGUGUACCCGGUACUGUAUCUACCAAAUCAUUUUAACCUUUGCAAUAGGUAUUAUAAUUUAUUAUAAAUAAUAAUAUAGUAUUAUUAUUAUUGGUGGGAAUAAAAAAUAUAAUAAUAUAUUCGAAAUAAAAAAAAUUGUAAUUUAAUUUAACGUACUUUAUUAAAAAUCAUGAUUUUCAUAUAGUUAUUACAUUAUAGGUUUUUAGUACUUAGGUACCUAUAUUAAUUGAAGAAAUUCUUAAAUACAGAAAAAUACCCAUAGCUUAUUAUAGAUAUAAUAUACUGACUCACCAUUUGACAUCAUUCUGAUAACUGUACUUUGAGAUUAUUCGCAUAUUGAUCACUAACUGUGCCAAUAUUUUUUUAUUAAACGUUUAUGAAAUAGGUUAUCGAAUAGUUUUAUUAAAUCCUUACUGGAGUAGGUACACAAUAAUUGAAAUUAUGAUCAAUAUACCGACUUUAAUCGAAUAAAGUUCAGCAUCUCACUUGUUCCUAAUUUCUAAUCAUGUACGUAGACACAUUAAUAAUCGCAGCACCGUUAAAACGACUUACGAAAAUCAUUGUAUUAUUAAAUAUAUUACUAUAUAAUAUUUAAACUUAUAUGAAUUACUACAAUUCAGAAAAGUCGUGCAUCGUGAUAUAGCCAGCAAGUGAGAGUUUUUCGUAAUAUACGAUGGAUACUAUAUAGCUACGCAUUAUAAUUUGUAGGUAUCUUACUUUCAACCAAUUUUAUAAUGCUGUUUAUUUACUAUUCAUAUUUUUUUUCUGUGAACAACUUUUUUAUCUAACAUUUUGCUUCGAUUUUCAAGUGUAGCACUUUUUCUUAAAGAAAAUUUGACUGGGUUGGUACUUUAAAGAAGUCAUUUUUUUCGAUUUUCCCAUGGGUUUUCAUAAUGGAUGGAAAAAACAGGAAAAUUUAGUAAGUGUAUUAUUUUUAAAUCUUAAAUAAUACGGUCUUUCAAAACAUGUAAAACCAAACUUCUCUGAGCAUCGUUUUUCGUUAGCAUGAUUAAUCUUAGCAUUAAAAUUAUGUAUAUUAAAUUCUCUUCCACCUUCUUAACUUUUCACCUACAACAGUGGUCCACCCAUCGUGUGAAGUAUGUCCGUUUGGUUUUUUUUAUUUUACUUGUUACAAAUUCUUUACUAAUUCAUAUUUAUAAAAAAUCAUUUCCGUAAGUUAAAAAAUUUACUAUUCCAGAACAUAUUAUAUUGGUUUGUGUGACCAGGAUCUCCUAAACUAAUGUUUCAGAAUUGUUCUUCACAUAGUAGUUUGUUUUUCAUGGAUUAUAACAAAUCCUCAUUUGAUAUCAGGUACCUUCGACGUAUGUAUAUGAAGGUUGUGAGGCCUAUUAAAUUAUAAAAAAAUCAACAAAAAUGUGAUUAUUAGAUGUGUCUAUGACUUAUAUCAAAGUUAAUAAUAUUAUAAUAUUAAUAAUAGAUAAUAUGUUAUUAAUACACUAUAUGAUAUAUCCUAUAGGUCGAUGGGUCUUGGUGCUACUAGGACAUAAAGUAAAUAUACACAAAAAUUACGAUUUGCCGGAAGACAAAUAUUAUUGUUCUCUGUGUAUACAGAUAACUCACCAUAUAUUGGGGGUUACUGAAAAUCACGGUCAACAGGAAAUAUAUUUUAUUUCAUUAAAAAUAUAAAUAAUAAGACUGCGUAAGUUGCUGCAGUCUAAGAAAUAAUACAUUUUAGUGCAAUAAAUAUACAUUAUAUUUAAAUUGACUUGGCAAAUCGCACCAUAUGUUAUUAUACGUUAUUAUAUAUAAUAUUAGAUAGGCACCUAACGUGUUUUAGUUACUUCAAAUGUAAAUAUUUCUGGUUUCAUUUUUCUUAGUGUUUAUCUAACAUGCAGACUAUGUAGAUAUACCUAAUGAUUAAACUUUCUAUGUUUUCUCUAUAUCAUUUUUGUUUGAAAAAAUACCUUAUAUUUUAUUAUAAAAAUCAACACGACCUUCUUAAAAUUGGUCUAUCGCCUGUUUGUAACUUUUCCUUCAACUUGUAUAAUAUGUUUGAUUAAUAAUAAUAAUUGGACUAUACGAUCAAUCAUAUUUAUAUUAUAAAAUAAUUAUCUACCCAAUAAUAUUUAAUAAAUUAAUAUAUUGUGUAUGAAAGGUACCUGGAUGUAAUAAUAUAUGCGAUAUACACAUUUGAACCUCUAGUUUAGUAAAAAUAUUCAUUCUAACUCCAUUUUAUUCAAUAUCAAUUUUAUUCAAUUCAUUUUAAACAAAAAAACAAUUUGCAUUGCACAUUAUUUAUUAACUCUAAAAAAUCUACAAAAUAAUCUUAUAUACCUACUAUCAUACUAACUUUAUAUCGUAAAUCCUAAAUCCUAAAUGUUAUUCUACAUUAUAUAAGUAUUUGAUUAAAGUUUAAGUCUUCAAAAUAAUCUAGACAUUUUAUGUUAAUAUAUUGGACUUUCAGUAUCAAUAAAACAUUUUUCUUUUAUGAAUCAUAAUAAAACUCCGAAGCACCUACAACUGACAUAGAAAAAAAAUGAACCUACUAGGAAGGUUAUAAGCUAAGUAGGUAUAUGUGUAAUAUUAUUGUAUUAAACUAUCGUUAUCGAAGGACUAUAAAUAUUAUAAAACAUAAAUAAAUUAAAAGAAUAUAUUAUAACGAUUCAACUUUCUCCAGAAAUUCUAUUCUGAACUAUCGACAUUUUUGAAGAAUUUUACAUUGCAUUGCAAUGACACACUUAUAAUUAUUAUUCAUGUGGCAGUUAUUUGUGGUGGCUGGUGGUAUUUAUGAUGAUAUUUCGUACAUUCGAAAUUUGUAUAAGAAAUAAAAAACAAAUCUAGUUGACAAUAUACCCGGAUCUACGGACAUAUUAAACGAAGUAUCGUAUCGUUACACGAUUUCCGUUCGACGAUGGUGUCAUUUUCGGGAACAAUGAUGUUCCAAACAAUGGAUUAUAAAUUGUUUAUAUUGAAAUUGUACGAAAAAGGUACCUACUAGAUAUGACAGCCUAACAUCUAUUAUCGUAAAAUACUUAAUUUUUGCAUUUUUUUUGACAACAUAAUAAUUUGUAUAGGUACAUGGUGUCACCACUUCACUGUAUUAUUUAAUUAAUUUAUACCGUAUGCUAUUUUUUUUUUGUUUUUAACUAAAUUAUUUUUUAUAGUCACUUGCUUCUCGUAUAAAUUGCAUUGAUUCGCGUCCAAUAACACCAACUAAAAUUAUGCGAAAUAUAUACUAUAUUUAAAUUUUUUUAAAUCCAGUUUAGCGUGUGACGCACUUUAUAAAUAUUAUACUCGUAAUAUAAACAAAUAAAACAUUACCACUUCCCCAGACUACAAUGAGCGCGAGUAUCUAUAUUGUAUUAUAAUUAUUUUGUUGUUUGUUUUCAAAAAAUACUGCGUUUAAAAUAUUAUCGGAGUGGUUUUUUUUUCGUACGAAAUCUGCAAGUAUCUAUGCAUAAUAUGUACAACAAUUAUGUAGGUAGUAGCCGCUAUAGGCAUAUCUAUAUACGACUAUACCUAUAAUAUAAUAUCACACUAUAGUUUUUAUUAUAUACUAUUAUUAUUAUUAUUAUUUUAUUAUUAUAUUAUCUUAUUGAUAUUACAUUUUAAUAAGUAAUAAUAGGUACAUUUACAUGUAUUACAUAUUAUGUUUAUAUAGUACUUCAUUUUUUUUCAAUUAACUAACUACACUGUUUUCAGAUUUUGAGCGAAUCGAAAAAAUAUAUUGGUUUUACAAUGGUGUUUUUUUUUCUGUGAACAGCUUUUUUACCAGAAUUCUUGCUCCGAUUUUCUAGUGUAGUAUCUUUUCUGAAAGGAAAUUUAUUUUUGUGGUACUUGAAAUAAGUAAUUUUUUGAUUUUCCAAGUGGUUUUCAUAAUAAUUGGGAAAAACCGAGAAAAAACUUAGGAAAAACGAAAAAAUUUCGUAAAGGAAUGAAAUUUAGACGAUAUUUCUUUCGAAUUCAAAUGACUGGCAUUUUUUACAGCCCUUUAUUGUGCCCUCGUUCGUCCAAUAACUGAAUAUGGCUCUGUGUUCUAGAUUCCCCUACUGCAGUCAUCUGUAGACAAUUAGAACAAGUAUAAUGCAAAUUGCUUAAGUAUACAGCUUUUCUAUUUAAAAUUGAGCACCCUUCACAUGUAUACACAUAUAAUCCUGUCCUCCGUAAGCUUAAUCUACAAAGGUCGAUGAAGCUUAGUAGACAUUCUGUCAAUAUGCACUUUUUCAGAAUCUCCUAUCCAACGACAUUGAUUGGUCAUUCUUACUUUCUAAACUUAAUUUUUUUUCCUUCUCGUAUUACCCGUUCAAUUAAAAUUGUUUUUCCUUCUUUUCGCUCUACUAAUUACAGACUCAAUGAACAAUUUUCUUCCUUAUAUCUAUUGCCAAUACUAAUCAUUCCCUCUUGUGUACUUGAUAUUUCUAUUAAUCUUAAUCUAGCACUUUUUUUUUUCUUCUAACAAAUCAAAUUUUUUUAUUUAACUUGAUAUAUUUCUUAAAUAUAUAUGAAUAUCGUGGGUGCAAGUCUAUUUAAAUAAAUAAAUAAAUAAAUAUAAACGCAUAAAAAUCAAAUCAAAAUUUGUAAAUCCGUGUUUUAAAACGUACCAUUAGGUAAAUAAUAUUAUAUAUCAAUUUUAUAUCGAUAUCUGCAUGAUAACAUCGAAAUUUAAUAAGAGUAAAAUAUAUUAUAUAGACAUAGAUGUAUAAAUAUUAUAGAUAAUAUAGUAAAUUAUAACAUAUAUAUACAUUUAAGCAGGAAACGCUUUUCGUUUCACGUUUUAAAGGUGUCUUUCUUAUACUUUAUAAUUUGUGGUAAGAGCUCCUUUUGUGAUUGUAUAGUACUUACUUUCUUUCAUAGGUUUUUUUUUUUAAAUUUAUUUCAUGGUUUGCCAAAAGUGCCUUAUAGUUAAAUAGUUAAAUGUAUAUUAUAUUUACAUUAUGUUGUCAUUACUAUUAUUCAAGUACGCUGUUAUCGUGAUGUAUACGCGAGAAAAUAUUUAUAUUAACAUUUUCUAUUAUUUAUUUUUAAUUUGUUUUAUUAAAGCAUGGUUUUUAAAAUUAGUUUUUAUUUGAUAAUUUUUAAUCUUUCUAGAAAAUCAUUUUUCCACCCUUUUGGGAAAAUGAACCAUGGAUUAUUUAUAUUGGAGGAUACGAGCAUAUAUAAACAAAUAUUUUAUGAAGCAUUUUUCGAUAUUUUUAAAUUUGUCCCAAUAACCAUAGAGUGUGAAAACCAUUUUCAACUCACUUUGCUAUCGAAAAUAUAAGUGCAUGCGAAAUUUCAAAUUGAUCACAAGUUUUAAUUUUUUAAUUUUUUUUUUUGACGAGUAGGUAAAUAUAAAAAUCAUGGUAAUUAAUUAACUUGUAAUUUAAUAUUGACGUCUAAAGAAAUUUUACUUGAUGCAAUUUUUCUUUAAUUAAUAUUGUUUUUCGUAUGAAUUCUAGUUAUUACAAAUUUGAAAAUAAAUGUUUUAUCAUACAUUGUAUAUUAAAAUAUAGGUAGAUAUAAAAUAUUAUCUAUGCAGUCAUGUAUGUGUUUAUUGUACAAAUAAGCAAAGCCGGUAUAGAUUAAUACCGUAUACAUUUCGUAAAAUGUACCAUAAAUAAACCCGUUAUUUUUCAAAUCCAUAAGACACGAGUUUGUAAUAACAUAUAUACACGUUGAAACGUGACGAAAAACUGUAAGCGUAGUUAAUUUUGAAUAGGUAUUAGAUUAUUAUCUUUGUACGAAAACUGAAUGCAAACGCAGUUGUCACGAUUAUAAUAUUUCGCAAACAAAUUUGGGUGUUAUAGCUUUUUAUAAAUCAUAUGAUUACCUAAAUUAUGAUAAACUUACUCAGGUAUAACUAUUUUUUUCUUCAUAAAUAUAAUGAAUUCAUAAUAUAUUAUAUUACAUAUUCUGGUAUUCCCUUAAAUAAUUCAAGCAUACCUAAAAAUACUUUACGUAUCAUUUAGGGGUGUAUACAAGGGGGGGGCAAUAAGGACGAUCGCCCCACCUGGGUAUUGUUGAAUUUGUUUCAUGUAUAGGUACAUACUUAUUUUAUUAUUAUUAACCAAAAAUUUAAAAAAAUAGUUAAUUUUUUUGUACGGAUAUGGUUAUCAAUAACUUGUUAAGAGAUUAGAGAUAUUGUGGCUAUCAUCAACACAUAUAUACCUACUGUUGGUUAUAAUAAUUAGGUACAUUGUGAAUAUCUGUACAAUUGUUGUCCGCACUCUGCAACCGUGGUCCGUGUUAUUACCUUAUUCUGUUUUCGGGGAAUGAUAUUAUAGAGCCGUGAUAGUACAAGUACGGCACUGUAAUUUUGCAGUAGUUUUCAGUGUUAGUGUUAGCAGUUUUUAUUAAUACUCAAUACUGAAAUUCAUUAUACACUUAUACAUGAAAUAAUGGCUAAUAACAGUUAUCAAAGUGGGUAGAAAUCAAUUAUUUAAGUUUUAAACAAGCGAAUAAACAAAUUUUGAAUUGCUGAUCUAUUUAUAAUCUGUAAUACUAUUUUUUAUGGACAUACAUUUUUAUAACUAAUAACUUAUACGUAUGAUUAAAGUUCGAAUUUCACCCUCCCCUCCCUGGAAAAUGAGCUGAAUACGCUCCUGGUACCAUUAAGUACUAGGUACUUAAUUAUAAAAAUAAAAUAAAAUAAAUUAAUAAAAUAAAAUAAUUUUCCAUAAAUAGGUUGGUUGUAUACCAACCUACUUAUGGAAAAUAUUGUCAUUUCAGUAUUUUUUUCUAUUGUAUUAAUAAAAAGUACGAAUUCAAUUCAGUUAUUAUUAUUAAAAUCAUUUUAAAAACAUUUGUUAUAAAAACUUGUACCUAUAUUUUUUUUUCUAGAUGAGUCACUUAUUCAACAUGUUCGUGAAACAAGUAGCUGACUACUGUGACUCGUCUUCGAUGCCAGGUAAAUAUUUCCUCUUAUAACAUACACUUUUACACAAUAGAUCAAAUAACUGAUAAUAUUUCUUUGUAGUUUCUAAAUUGUCGAAAAUGGUAAUUCAGUUUUCAGUUUUUACCUAUAUAUAAAUAUAAUUAUAUGAUACAUACAAAUGUAUAAAAUAUCUACGUUUAUUAUAGCUCAUAUUAUAUAAUACUAUAUUUAUAGAAUACAAUAAUCCUAUAUUAUUACCCCAGGACGGCAUAUGAUGCUACAGGUUUAGAGAACCUGGGACUCCGAACUCCUACUGAUAGAAGGCCCAGGUAGGUAAAAUAAACAAUAGCCUCCCUCGAUUGAUUUUUUUUAACAUAAUCCUCCUGCCUACUUCACUGUCAGUCGGUGUAUAAUAUUGUUUUUGUAGAGUGGAGAAAUUUACCUUCUUGUUUGCAAUAUUAUUCUCCCUGUGGGAUGGGAUUAGAAUACUCCCACAGUCCCAUAGUACUUCUAUCUUUAGUAAGAGACGACAAAUUUGGUUGCGUCAGGUUGCCAGCCGUUUAAAAUUCUGUUAGACAGUAUGAGGAGUUCUAAACAAAGCUUUAGCGGGUUGUCCCAUCUUGGAUGUUAGCGGGAAAAACAGAUGAAAGGAUGUACAAAUGUAGUACCACGGAGCAUGCUUUUUGCAGAUCAUAGUAUAGUUUUGAUAGGAGAAAAUUUGGAAUAAGUCAAUAAUACUGUAAAAUGGGGUGAAUAGAAACAGUUUUAAACUUUGAAACAUUAUAAAAUCUGUUAUAUUUGGGGCUACAUAGUUGAUCAAUAUUAAUACACCAAAUAUCAGUCUCUGAGAGUACUUUAAGUAUGUAUGAUCGAAAUAUUUAUAUUUUUAACAGAUUAUUUUAUAUGUUUUUUUAAGUGCUCUGUUUCUAUUCACCUACAAGACGUAUUGAAAAGAAACAAAUUGUUUUAUUAUUUAAACACAUACAAGGUGAAUAGAAAGAAAAUAUUACAUUUUAAAAAAUAGUACAAUAUAGACAAUAGUAGAAAAAAAAAAAAUAAUAAUAAUAUGAAAUAUGAAAUAUUAUAAAAUAUUUUGAAAAUUGUGAAUUGAAAAUAAUUAAAUAAUUAUUUUUGUACAUUUCUCGUUUUUUCUAUGUUUUUUGUCGGCUUUUCUCAAUUAUUAUGAAAACUACUUACACUAUUAAAAAGUGACUUUUUUACUAAUGAACUACAUUAAAAAUAUACAUUAUACAACAAAACACAACAACAAAUUUGUCUUGUCGUUUUGCUAUUGGAGCAAUUGGAUAAAAUUUGAUGACAGAAAAUGUGCUACACUUUGUACAUCGAAGCAAGAUUUCUGGUAGAAAAGGACAGUAAAAAAAAUAAAAAUAACACACAUCAUAGUAAAACUAUUAAAUCCCUUGCUACUCUCCAAAUCCUCCAAAUUAAAUAGAAUAUAAUAUAGGGGAUUUUUCAAAAGUUUUAAAUCAAAUUUUGAUGAAAAUCGUAAAUAUUACAGUCAUUUAAAACAUGAAUAAUAAAAUUUCACUCCAAAUCGUUUUUUGUUAGCAGUGGUUUAUCGUUGCUUACAGAUAUAAAUUAAAUAACUGUAUGUAUCCUACCUUUCCGACUUCCCACCUACAACAGUGGCAUACCCGUCAUCUGUAUCAGUUCUUUUUAUGUGUAUUUUAGAUUCGGAGCGUAAAACUUAUGUUUUGCUGAAACUCAGUGCUCUAAUAGGGAAAAUCAAAGUAGAAAAGCCGUAAAAAAAAGAGUUCCGACAAAAGUUCAUUUAAUUCAAAAUUGGAAUUUUGACGAUUGUUAUGUAAAUCUCCAAACUAUUAUGAAAAAAAAAAAAUGUAUAUAAAUGCGUACAUAAAAUCAAAAUAAAUAAGUUUUUUUCACGAAACCACGAUAGAGUUAAAUUAACUUUAAAAAAAUGUUUUCAAUGUUAUAUAUCCACCGCCCCCCCACCCCAUUCCAACAUAAUAAAAUAAUAAGGCUGCACAAAAAACAAAAUUAGUAGAGAAGCUCCGUCCACCUGCACCCCUCCCUCCUCCAAUUUGGGCACUGGUUAUACUAUGUGCGUUUUCUUUUUCUUUUUGUAAACAACUUUUCGAAAAGAAAUCUUGCUCCGAUGUCUGGAGUAUAGUUUUUUUACACAUUAUACUAAUGUGUAGUAUUUUUUUUAUAUAUAAGAAUUUUAAAUCAAAUUUUAACGAAAAUUGUAAAUAUUAAUUAUAACCUUUUAAAAUAUGUAUAAGUAUAACCAAACUUCGCUCUGAAUCAUUUUUUGUUAGCAGUGGUUUAUCGUUGGUUACAGGUAUAAAUUAAAUUACCUUAUGUAUCCCAUCUUCUCAACUAUCCACGUACAACAGUGGCCGCAUCCGUCCCCAGUAUCAGCUCUUUAUAUUUUGUAUUUUACAUUAUAGGUAUAAUAAAAUAUUUGAAUGGUAAUCAGUUUUUAAAUUAUAUUAUCAUUGACAAAUAUAAAAUAUUUUAUUUUUUCCAGUUGACAUUGUUAUUUUUCAUAAAUAAAAUUUUAUUUAUAUGUUUAAUCACGGCUACUGUACAAUUAAUAUAGAUGUUGAGGUUUUAAACAUAAAUAUUUUGCAGCAUACAUGCUAUGUAGGUAUAUAGCACGUUAUACUGAAUAUAUUUCAUAAGUACACACACAUUAUUUUUGAUUUGUUGAAAACAUAUCUCUCAUAUUAAAUUGUGUAGGCAAUAUCUAAGUAUUUUUUAAUUAUGUGACAAAAAUGAAUGCUUUAGUAUAGCAUAUAAGUACUUACUAAUAUUUUCCUUAGGUUUUCAAGGUAAUUCCUGAUAUUGUUAUUACGAAAUUUAUAAAUAGACAUCGUGACUUAUAAAUCAUUUAUUUUUCUAUGAUCGUUGGUUAAAUUCUCCUCUUGGGUUCAUCGUCGUCAAAUUAAUUUGCAUGUCACUAUGAAGGUUAUUGUCUCUUGCAGGUCACGGCUACCGCUCAUAUAAAAAGAUAAAAUUAAUUUCCUUUUACUCGUACUCUUACAGUAUUUAGGUACUAUUUUUCCAAUCAUCAUAUUAAUUGAUUUAUUGAUAUACAGGUAUCUAAUGUUUUUUUACGCUUCUUGUUCUUCCUCUUCCUAUAUGCUCUGAAAGUUAUAUUAUUAUACUAUGUCAAUACUUUAAUAGCUUAUUCAUAUAAAAACAUAAAUAAUUAUAUACCUAUUAAAGCCCCUAAUACAGCAAUACCAUAAGUCAAUAUGCUUAUUGCAUUAGGUACUCAUUCAAUUUUUUUUUUGUAUUAAUCUUUAAUAUUUAAUGUACUUUUAACUUAUUAAUGCGUAUUUAAUUAUAUACGAAUUUAUCGUUUAUCAUUUGAAUAUAUAAAAAUUAUUCCACUUUUACUAGGUAGGUUUUAAACAGUUCUUAGCCUAGUAAUUUAUCUGAUUUAAGUAGGUAUAGGAACUUCAAAAAGCAUGUAUACCUAUUGACUUUUUAUAUGAUAAAUUAAUAUUCCAUGCAAUAUAAGAACCCUGUACCUACAAAACAAUAAUAAUAUGAUGGACUCGCAUUAAACAACUAUACUCUUAGAUUUAAAAAUAAAAAACAAACAAAAAUGUGUAUAAUGUUUCACUACGUAUAUUCAAAGUUAAAUAGCUAUAAUAAAAAAAUAGGACACUCAUAAAGAACUCAUAUAAUACAAACGUUAAGUAUGUAAACGCUAAACGCUUUAUUUCGGAUUGUAAUUCAUCGCGAGACAUUUCACCACGUAAGUCACUAUCGUUUAUUUACGAUAUCGUUAGUUUGAUAUAUAAAAUACAAAUAAUUAUAAACACUUAAAUUGUUUAUUUUUUUAAAUAUAUCAUAUUGUAGUACAAAAAUAAAAUAAUUAGUAUAAUAUUAAUAAUUUAAAAAUUAUUAUUAUUGGAUGUUAAGUUGAAAUUUAGAUUGAAAUUUGCAAUUUUAGGUACUCCUAAUUCCCUUAAACCUCUUAUUGUUAAAAAUGUUGAUAUGCAAAUAAUGUACGACCCAAUCAUUUAACAGUGCGGAUGGGCGCACAAAUGUCUUAUGAAAAAGGUCGAAAAUAACAAUAGUGAUGUGCAAAUGUUACACGCCCAUUGUGCUUGUCACGGAGGGUCGUUAGUUUAGUUAUUAAGUUGAGACGGUACUGGCGAUAAUAAUAAUGUCAUAAUUUGCGAUUUAAAACAAAUAUUCUAAAACUAAAAAGUGAAAAUAAUGGAAUAUUUUAUUUUUUCUUAUUGGUCAUCAAACUCUCGUGUUGCAACCUGCAUAUUUUUUAAACAAUUGUUUUUCAGAUUACAUGUUUUUCUUGUGAUAUUAAUUGGAGCCAUUGAGGUCGAUUGAUAAUAGCGUGGGUACAUAGACCUGAAUUUUCAUGGUAGGGGUUAAAACUUGCAAAUUUUCUAUCAGGCAUGGUGGUACUCCUUAGAUAUUGAUUGGACCGGUUAAUGUUUAGCACGAUUGUCUCAAAUAACUUUCCGGCAUUGGAUCUACCUAAUUAUUAUACGUUUUACAAAUAACAAUUUAUAUUUUAAUUUGCGUAGAUAAUUACUACUUUUACUUUAGAUAUAAUUUCUAUCGGGUGCAUACCUACUACCUAUUAUUUUAAUUUUAUAUAUAUGUAUUGAUUUUACAAUUUUAUUUUGCUUUUAGACUGCAAUAAAGUAUUGUUGGUUUAUGGUUUAACUAACUUGGCAAAAAUGGGAGAUGAAAGUUUAGAUAAAAUGGACCCUUAUCAAAGAGGAUCAAGAACAAUGAGUAUGUAUAUCUAUUUAUAUUUUGAAUAACACAGUAAUAAUAUGUUGAAAAUUGUUUGUAACUGACAUACAAUGUGUAAAAUACACAUAUAUUUUAUAAAAUAAAAUGAAACAAUAUUAUUUAUUCACAUUAUUUAUUUUAGUAUGGGAAUCUAUGAUGAAAGGUGGUUUUUUUACUUCACAAGCAACCAACAAAUCCGAACAAGACCUCGCCGACCCACUAGGUAAAUAUUAUAAUUAGACAUGUCCAGUAUAUUAUCCAAACAUUGUCCACAUAAUUUUAUAACUUUUUAAGCAUUAAAUUAAAUUUAUAUGUUUAUUAAUAAUGUUAGAAACGAGUGGUGGAAAUGAUUUGGGAUCUGCAUCGAAUAACGUUGAAGAAAUAGCUCCACCACCGGGCGGUUAUAUAAUCGGCCCCAUGGUAGUUAGAGUAAUGCCUGAUGGUCGACCUGUACCCGGCGACUCACAACGACCUCUACCCAAAGACGAAGAUGCAGAAGAAUUCAUAGCCAUGCGAUCCAAACCUAUGCCUUCCAUGAUUGAUAUGUUAAGUCAACGGAAACCACAAACACAAAAUAGACCCAUUGUAAGACCAUUUAGGUAUACACUUAAGCCGAUAAACUGAUUCUCCCAAUUACGUAUGCAUUCUCAGCAACUAUUGGUACAGUUUCAGAUAUCGUAUUUAUUUAAUUUUUAUUUAUUUGCAAAAAAGAAAACUGUAACUUAUCUACUAUCGAGUAAAAUACUUUUAAUAUAUUGUUACAGACACAUUUUAUCUUGUAAAAUUCUAUUUUAUCUUUAUAAUUAUUAUUAUUAUUAUUUUUUUUUUUUAAUUAGGUUUAAACACGUUUCAGGGUCCUAAAUAAUUGUAUAUGCAAUUUUUUAUUUUUAAAUUUUAUAUUGUAGAUUGAUACUAUUAUUUAUUAAUUUAAAAUCUUUUAACUUAUUUGUAAAUAGUACUGUUAGGUACCAUUGUUGUGAUAUUUAUGUUGAAAAUUAAGUAAACAUUUUGAUAAAA